CAGAGAAGUUUCAGACUUUGUACUUUUUACAUGUAUUGAAAGUUGAAACUAACGGCGUUAAGUCUCCUUUUUGGUCUAUUUAAACUGUAAUUCUGAAUAGUGAUGCAACUAACAUUGCAAUUGCUACAACUGUACACACACGACACACACAGCAACAAUAACAAUGGCGGCAACAGCGAAACCGGUGAUGGUCGUCGGAGUUGAUGAUAGCGAGCAGAGUUUUUUCGCACUGGAGUGGACGUUGGAUCACUUCUUUGUAUCCUCUGCUCCACAUCAUCCCUUCGAACUAAUCAUCGUUAACAGCAAACCUACUCCUCCUUCUUCCAUUGGAUUCGCCGUUCCAGGUGUGGAAGUUUUGUCGCAUGUGGAUGUGGAUUUGAAGAACAUCGCUGCUCGAGUUAUCGAAAGGGCAAGGGAGAUUUGCCUUUCUAAAUCGGUGAAUGAUGCGACACUAGAGAUUGUGGAAGGGGAUGCGAGAAACAUCCUGUGUGAUGCUGUGGAGAGGUACCAUGCCACCAUACUGGUUGUUGGAAGCCAUGGUUAUGGAGCAAUAAAAAGGGCGGUUUUAGGAAGUGUAAGCGACUAUGUUACCCAUCAUGCUCACUGCACAGUCAUGGUAGUGAAGAAGCCCAAGGCUUAGCUUAAUUAACACGAAUUCAAGAUAUCUUGCCCCAUGGCAUGGCAUGGCAUAUAUGGUAUCCAUCAUCAUUAGUUACCUUUUCUGCUUAUCUUUCAUCUGCGCUCCCCAUGGCUGCAGUUUUUUUGCUUUGAAAUAUUGUCAACAGUCUAACAUCGCUGUUGAUCGUGGUAGUAUGUAUGUAUGUAUGUUUAAUGUUUGUUCAAUUUCAUAAACUUAUUUUCAUUUGAGCAAUCUAUAUAUGUGUUUCCUUCAUUUUAAUCGUUACGAAUAACAUGUUUGCGUGUGUUUUGGACGUGCAAAUUAAUAUGGAUAUUCCAUUUCCGUACAACACAUUCAUUGUUGGUGACAUAUAAAUAGCAACAAGUACUGGUUUCACUAUCAAUCCAUGGUGAUGAUGUAAAACGUAGAUGGGUUCCCUAUAAUUUAUAAUCAGCUUUGGAACUAUGAGGACAUGCAGUUUUGAUAAUGCUAUUUGGAGAAAAUUAAACCAGUGUUUAUGCAACCAAAAAAAAAGCAACAUAAAAACACUACUACUACUACUACAAAGUACAAAUACAACGGUAAUUUUGCAUUCACAUCACAGCCCACAAUUACAAAUGUAACUCUUACAAACGAGAAUCCUUUUUUAUAUAUUUUUUUUAAAAAAAUCAAUGGUUCAUUUGGAAUUUUACGUAUUUUGUAAAAUCCAGCAUUAAUUUCCCUCUUUCCUUAAUUGUAUUCUGUAG